UGCCGAAGGCGGUUGGCGUGAAGGGUCUUCCUCCUGUGAAGGCGAAGGCUGGUGAAGCUGCUGGGGAUGUGGAGGUUGGGGAGGGGAAGAGGGGAGAGGCGACGGUUGGGGAAGAAGGAGCGUCAGGGAAGGAGAGUGAGGAUGGCGUGGAGGCAGGCGCUGCGGGGAAGCGGCCACCUGUUUUGAAGGCGGUUGGGGCGAAGGGCGUUCCUCCUGCGGCUCUGCCGAAGGCGGUUGGCGUGAAGGGUCUUCCUCCUGUGAAGGCGAAGGCUGGUGAAGCUGGGGGGAAUGUGGAGGUUGCUGAUGUGCUGUUGUUUUUUGGUAUUCCAGUUUUAAUUUCAGGAGAACCACUGAAAUCUGUUGGCCUAGACCUUCUCAACGAGCUUUCACACUCACCCAAUUCAUCUGCACGAUUUUGCGAAAGAAAGGAGCAGAACAGUAGAUUUGUUGCUGGAGGGACAUUGGGACCGAAAAACCUUGUGAAGCUGUCUGCAGCUUUACUGUCGAGAGCCUCGAACGUUCAGGCGAAAAGCAAAGUGCUUCCCCAAACGAGCGACGGUAAUGCUCCAGUUCAAACCAUGAGAACGCUUCCGAGUAAAGUAAACCAAAAAGGUGAAUUGCCUAUCAAUCCAAGACUUGUCACAUCCCGGGUCGAUGCAAGUGCGAACCAAAACACCCCCAGAGAGUGGGUUUUCACUUCUACUGCAUUCGACACUGAGCUUAUGGCAUGUCAGACCCCGGAUUAUAUUCUGACAGGCAGCAUAUUCUACAGCUUGGGUCCAAAGGCGGCUAUCCAGUGUAUAUCUGGCCUUCUCACAACCCCGCAAACGCAACGUCCUUCAGAAGUAAAGAAGCAUAUCAACACACCCUCUGGUUUUGAGAAAAUAAAGGGGUUGUACGACUCUCCAACAGAUCUUAUACCGUGGGACAGCAGCCUCAGGACUUCGGCGAGCACUAGCUGCACACAGAUUUGCAAGCUUCCACCGGCGCAGUAUGCCACAGCUGUAACCGUGUGGAGCGAGCUGGUGCUUUAUCAGAAGAGCCAAGUUAUUGUGGUUGUUGAGUCUCACAACAAAAGCAUAGCCCGAAUUGUGCCCUCUUUAUUGGCUGGAUUCGCAUACCUUUCUGGGUUCACCAUCAACGAGCAGAUGCGCUUUAUCAAAAGCGUCAGCAGAAUAUAUGAUGCUCUAGCUUUGUGGACCACGGUCGUGUCGCCUGGGAAAGGCGAAAAGUGUGUGUGCCAGUGGAGGUGGAUCAUUGGGUUUAACCCCAAUGGCCAAGCGCGGGAUAUAUCUCUCUCGGGAUGCCUUUUAAGUGAAGCGCCUUCUGCAGAAGAAGGCGUUUUAAAAAUCGUUGCUCUAUGUGUAGAAAGCGCUUUAUCCGACAAAUUUAAUCCAGAGAUUCUUGGUAUCACAGGGGUUUCUUCAAAGCAGCUUCAAGAAUCACUGCUGCACAGCGGACAGGUCGAGCAUAAAAAUAAGAACAAAGAGGCUCUGUCAGUUGUCAAAGAGCAGCUGAAAGCAGCUCUAGAAUGCGACUUAGUGGAGGCUGCUUAUACCAUUCGCAUCUGUUUGGCCUACUGGGUUCUCUGUAGAGGAACCUAUCUCAGGUCAGAAGACUUUGAUGCUGCUGAAGUAUUUCUUGGUUCACCGAAAGGAAGACUCCAUUUGCUCUUUGAAAGGUCUCCAGAGUGCCAUGAGGACUUGGUGCGGCAGCUUCGCAACACUCUUUAUGACACCGUCUUCCACUACGUGGUGCAGCUUGGCAACAAAUCUAUACAACGCUCUUUUCAAUCACUUGUACCCCAUGACGCUUACACGAGGCAGAGCAAAGUUCUAAAUGUUGUGAUUGAAGAGUCACCGUUGCACACAAACACCGAAGGGCAACUAUCGUUCACCGGCCUCUCAUGCCAGGCAAUGCAGGUGUUGCAAGUAGCUACUGCGUUCCGCGGCCUCCACAACCUUCAGCGUGUCUUAGAGGCGGACCAUGUGAUUGUGCCGCCGUACUUGAACUCUAUACGGCAAAAGCCUCAUGCUCAGCUGCUGGUGCAGUUCUUGUUCUCGAGAAAUGGAGGCCUUAUACCUUUCCUUGCGCACUCCCCUAUAAAUAUGGAAGACGCUUCACGGUGGUUAACGUGGAUUAGAAAGAAGCCAUUCGCUCAAAAAAUAAUUGAUGAGGCCCCCAACGGCUCUUUAGUCGUUGACUGGCUAGGCCAAUGGUUUACAACGGGCUUAAGAGAGCUCACGAAAGCCUCUUGGAUUGCAAGCGGAUCCACGCUUCAUCUUAUUGAAGGCAUGCUUCGUUCCGCAACGGCGACAAGAAUGUGUAGUCGCAUUCCCUUUUACAGCUCUGCACGUCGAUUACUAAAUGCUGCCAAGGAUUCUCUAGCAUUUGGGCUUCUUGAAAGACCAGUAUUAGUAGUGGACUCAUCAGACACAUGGUUGACAAGGUGGUUGCAUGGAGAAUUAAACAGAGUUGAGGAGUGGCAAAGUUUCGGCUUCCCUGUUGUGGCACGCUUGGAGGACCUGCCAAAAUACUGCCCUCGAUUGUUUGGGGCAACAGCGUUCAAAAGUAAGGAAGAAACAAUGCGCGUGCUUCAGAAAUACGUCGACAACAACGACUUCAUCUCUGGGAGAGACCUUCUCUUCUGCAGAAGUACAGCAUACAACUCCCUCUAUGCAUUUGAAUUAGCGGCCAAGUCUAUUGAGCAAGAACGCGAAUCUAAAAUACAAAGCCUUGGUUUCCAGUGGGAGGCGUUGCAGCUCUGGAAGGCCAAGUUACAGAAUGGGAAGGGGAACCAGAAAACGCAUAAGUCUGGAACGCCGGGCAUUUCACGUUGUGGCAUGUAUCCUCGAUUGACUACGAAGAGCCAGUUGGCCAACAUAGAACCAGCAGCUUCACAGGUGCAGAUUGCUAGUUCUGGAACCGUACAGAGUAGUGGUAGCAGACGGGAAAGUGGGAAAGACAGUACAUCUUGCGAAACAGGCGGCAGUCUUGUUAACGAAAUAGACAGCCAAAGUGCACAUACUCGUGCCUGGCCGUGGUGCGUUGCUCUCCUGAGAGGAGGAAAGCAGCCUGGCAAACCACAGCCUCUCUCCAGCCUCUCCAUGGAUGUUGCCCCAUCUUCUUCUACUUUUCCCCAUCGCGACGCGGUCACUAAAUCUUCUGAAGGACUCACAAAGAGAAAUUUGGCGUGGAGCAGUGCUCCUUUAACUAGGUUUUCCUCUUCUGAAAAGGGUUCAAGCGAAACGCUACACGCGCAUUUCGAAAGGGAAUCGGUAGGUCCUGCACUGGACAUGAAUUCGGAGACGAAAAUCGUUGGUAUCAGAUGCGUCGACGCAUUUUCCAAGUGUCAACCACGAGCCGUGGUACCUCCAAAGAAGCAUCAAGAGUCUGAUGCUAUGGUGCCUUUUGGGAAUUGCGAAGGAGUUACUCUUGAGAAGGAGAAUACGAUGUGCAAGACACUUCAAGAACGGAAACUACGAAGCAAUGCAGCUGACGUUGAUGAGACACCUGCACACUGCGGAAGUAGCCACCUUGAGAGUCUUAGACAGAAUCCUUGUCUUACUCAAGAGGUUGGCAUGAAUCAGCAAAAUUCCAAACCGGAAAUUGGCAAUCUGCCAGCAUCUGUAGCUUUUGCUUGUGACACUGCGGCCACUACUACGUCUUAUUGCACAAAUUCUGGGAGCAAGAGCUCUGUUGCAGCCUUUACAACUAACUCUAGUGUGGCAAGAGGGGCAACAGGACAGACAGAAGUUGACGAGGCGUCCGACACGGACAACACAUCAACAACUGCGAGGAUUCGAGCAAUGUGGCGCACGGAUAAGAAGGACCGAGCAUGGCGAGGGCUGGUGGUUCUACCGAAGACCGGGGAAUCGAACCUCCAAAAUAGCAAGACAAAAACUGAAUGCUCGGCAGAAGGUGAAUAUGCACAUUGA